UCAAUUGCAUUGGCAUUUCAUAUUAUUACGGUUGUUUAGUAUGUAUUUUCAAAUUUUAUUCUACCAAUUAUACAUAAAUUUUUUUGUGAGAGAGGCUUUUUGUUCUGAAUUACAUUACUUCUUCUGUUGGUACUCUAACGCUAGCGCCACCUAUGUUGUUUUUCUUAACUAUCUUCGUUGUCUACUUUUUUAUCAGUACAUUUUCAGUGCUCCAAAAACUCAUCAUUUCGUAUACAUGAUAAUAACAAUUUUUUCGAAAUAAGUCAUUUUCUCAUCAUAUAAAUUCAUUUAUUAUCAAUAAUUCUACAAUGAAUAAAGAAAUACGUUUAAUCGGUAUACCUGUGCAAAAACUCACUGAACGUAAGUUACCAAAAGUGAAAGAGGUUAUGAGAGUGUUUUUCUAUCAACUUAAAGUUUUAAAGUUUUCAAUCAAACAAAGUGCAAAAAAUUCAGCUGACAAGGUUAUUGAAUUGUGGAAAAUAAAUCAGAUUCCUACGAGUGGAGCUUCUAAUGUAGUCAAAAAAAUUCUCCGUUUUCAUAGUGAGUGGUUGAAAUUACUAAAAGAUUUUAAUAAGAAAAGUGAUAAGGUAAAAGAAAAGGAGUUUCAGACUGAUCUUGAACAAUUAUUCGACAUUGUAAGUAAAAAUUCCCUAAAAGGGGUGGAUGAUAACAUUAGGAAGUUGUAUUUGGAUCAAAAAUUCUGUACACACAAAGAGAUUCUUUCGAAUAUUGUACCUGCGUCAAACUCAACUACAGAUAUGAUGGAAAUAGAUGAAAGCAAAUCAUUCUCGACGCAUACAUUAAGUGGAACUACAAAUUCUGGAUCUGAUUUGGAGUAUGAACCCCCAAUUCCGACAAAACGAGCAAAAAUAAAUGUCUUAACUCCUGAAGUCGUUUCUGCACUUGACAGAGCUAAUGUCAGCAGUAGAAACGCGAUGUUCAUUAUUGCUCCGGUUUUAUCAGCUGUUGGUAUAAAAAUUGAAGAUACAACGCUCAGCUAUAGGUCCAUCCAACGAGCUCGUAUGGUUCAAAGAAAGACAUUGCUCAAGGAUUAAAAGACAAUUUUAAAACACACGAUAAAUACGUAGUGCAUUGGGAUGGUAAAAUGCUGAAUGAUCUAAUUGAAUCCAAAUCUGUGGAACGACUACCGGUUCUUUUAACUGCGUAUGGUACUGAACAAUUACUUGGAGUUCCAAAAUGAAUUCUGGGACGGCAGUUAAUCAAACAUCCGCCAUUUUAUCAACAUUGAGUGAAUGGGGUAUUAUUAAGUAUGUCAAGGCGAUGUGUUUUGACACUACGGCUGUUAAUACAGGAAUUCACAACGGUACAUGUAAGGAAAUUGAAAAGAUUUUGGGAAGAGAGUUGAUCUGGUUAUCAUGUCGUCAUCACAUUUUUGAGAUCGUAUUAAGGGGCGCAUUUGAAGUAUUUUGGCCUGUGUCAUCUGGGCCAAAUGUACAGAUGUUUGGAAGGUUUAAAAAAUUUUGGGAUGAUAUAGAUAUAACUAAUUAUAAAUCUGGUGUUGAAGAUGCUGUUGUUGCUGAUAUCAUUUCGAAUAAAAAAGAUGAAAUCUCUAGUUUUAUUACAAAAUCUUUAUAGGUAUGAUUUAACUGUGAUUUAAAUUAUAAAAAUUUCGUUAUUUUUGACAAAUUUUUUAUUUUUGAUAGUUACUACAACCCCGAGAUGAUUAUAAAGAAUUAUUGUAAUUAUCAUUGAUUUUCCUUGGAGAAAUGCCUCAAGAAAAGAUUUCUUUCAAACGUCCUGGUGCUGUUCAUCAUGCUAGAUGGAUGGCUAAGGCCAUUUAUAGUUUGAAAAUGUAUCUAUUCAGAGAUGAAUUCAAACUCUCUCAGAAAGAAUUGCAUGGUCUUCGUCAUUUCUGUAUUUUUAUAGUCACAUUGUAUUUAAAAGCUUGGUUUUCAUCAACUUCUGCAACAACUGCUGCUUAUCAUGACUUGCAGUUUAUGAAAAAUUUAUUGGAGUACAAACAUAUCAAUCCUUUGAUUUCUUCAGCUACGUGUGAAAAAAUGAUUUCGCACUUAUGGUAUUUGAGCGAUGAACUUGCCAUUUUAUCACUGUUUGGCGAUGGCGUUCCAUUAGAAGUAAAAAAAAGUAUUGUUGAAGCUGUUAAUACUCGUGAAGGUACAGAUUCUAAAGCUAAAAGAUUUGUAAUUGCUAAAAAAGAUUUAAAUUCAUUGGCGCAGAGAACUCUGAGUGACUUUGUGUCUAAAAAGUCAUUAAAUCUUUUCAAAAUCUUCGAUCUACCGUAUGACUUUCUUGAUGUCGAUGUUGAAUUAUGGCCUACUAAUGAGAGUUAUCUCGAAAAUAAAGAAUACUUUCAACAACUAAAAGUUGUCAAUGAUUUAGCAGAGCGAGCUGUUGCAUUAGUCAGUGAAUAUAAUCAAUGCUUGACAAAAAAUGAAGAACAAUUCCAGUACUUAUUGCAAGUUGUCAAAGAACAUCAAAAAACAUUCCCAAAUUGUAAUAAAAGAAAUUAUUUAUAGUAAUAGCGUACUGUUAUGUUAAAAAUAUAGACAAUUAUAUUGCAAUUGAUAAUUCAAUAAAAAAUU